AUGUCCUUAUAUGGCAGCUGCCCGAUAUCCAACCCCGGGCCGCCUCCUCCUGUAGGCUGCGGCGGGUGGACAGCCCCAGGAAUAAGGAUACGGCCAGUCAGCUGUGUGCGUGUGCGGAGCCCACAAACCCCGACAGGAUCGUGCGGCUCCCGGAUCCCGACCCGUUGGGCUUCAAACUUUACUCUGGAGGAGCUGGUAUGGAGUAAAAGGAGCGGAGGGAGUGCGGACACCAGUCCUGUGGGUAUUUCCCCAGUGGGCCACUCCUCCUCUUCCUCCUCCUCCCUGCUGACUCGGCAGCUUCAGGAGAGCUGGAGGAGUUUGCGCGGACUCAGUGGAGGAAGCUCGGUGUCCUCUGUGAGAUGGCAGACGGACAGCUUGUUGUUCGAGGUGACCGACGCCAGCGUGGUGCAGGACGGCUCCUCAAAAUAUGUGCUGUACACGAUCCAUGUGAUCCAGUCUGGCGCGAGCGAUAAGAUUCCCGCCAUCAUCACGCGUCGGUACUCUGACUUUCGGCGCCUCCAUGCCACUCUUCGCCGUAAACACGGCGAGCACAUGGAGCGUUUCUGUUUCCCACGAAGAAAACUCAGGAGGAACUUCACAGCAGAGACGAUCGCUAAGCGGAGCCGGGCGUUUGAACAGUACCUGUCUCACCUGUGUUCCCUGCAUGCCCUGCGGGGGGCGCUGUGUGUCCGUCAGUUCUUCUACUUAACCGACUUGGAGACUGGACAGCUGCUCAUCAGGGCGGGACGUUACCAGGAUGCCUUGGGUCCUCUGCUCAAUGCCAAGAGACUGCAGCAGAAACUGGGAUGGGCAAGUUACUAUGACAACCAGACUCAGGCCCCUCCUCCAACCUCCUCCCAUUGGUUCUUCACCCUGGUGGGACUGUCGAGCUGUUUCCAGCAGGUGGACCAGCUGGAGGAGGCCCGAGAUCACUGUGACCACGCCCUGCGUGUUCUCACCCCCACCGAAACUCAGACUAACACAGAGGAUAAGCCCCUCCCACCUGACAAUAAGCCCUUCCAACCGUCGGAGACGUCGCGUCUGGACGACGACAGGCCACACCCCCUGCUGUUGCCGCUGUUACGAGUGAUGGUUCGGCUGUCGUGGCAGACGGGAAAAGACAAGCGACAGUGGGAGGAGCUUCUGCAGCAUCUGGAGGAGCGGUGGGUGGGGCUAGACAAUCAUCCAACCAUCAAAGAAUUUCUGGUUAAACACAACCUGCAGGAUGGCGAGGGUGAGGGUUAAAGAGUGCGCACGCCGCAAUCAGUACGGUACGGGUCGAGUGUUAGAGCCACUGCAGGGGAAACAAAGCUGAGAUUUUCAAAAUAAAACCUGAAUGUUUUGAGUAAUUUUAGUUUUAUUUUUAAUAAAAAAAAAGUUAUUGAAGGGAAAAAAGUUUCACCUAUAAAACCUGCUUUUUAAUGUUGUGACGUUUUAAGGUGGGAUUGGAGGCUGCCUCAAGUGGCCGUUAGAGGAACUGCAGCUGUUCACACGAGUUUGGUUUGAGUAAUAAAACCAAAAACAUUGUUCCGAAAAAGAGUGAUGUUAAUGUAAUGAAAGAGUAGGCCUCAGUAAACACAGAAGCUUGAUUACAAAAUGACGGAGCUGAUGAGGCUGAAGGACAGUUGAGGCCGUCACCUGAAACUCGGCCAGUUCAAAAUCUCAGUUUUUAUUCCCCCUGACAGCGGCUGUAAUACUCGGAGUACUAAUGGGUCAGUCAAGGGUUCAGUCGUAAUUUCAAAGCCUUAAACUAGUUCAGUGGUCUUUGUAGGUCCGAUGCUUCACAUGAGUUUUGUUCUUAACUGUGACUCCUCACAGGUUUUCUAAAACAACAGCCUGUUAUUCUACUUCAAGAGGAACUUCUACAAUAUUUAAGACUUGUUUUCUUUUUCAAAUAAGUUUAUUUUGAAAACUUGAUUCAGUCGAAGGAAAAAAAGUGUCCACAUCACAUUUUCAGAGUCACAAUCAAUGAAACUGCAGAAAUGUUUCGUAGAAACGUGAGGAGCACAGAUUAAGAACAAAGCUCCAAGAAGGAAGCAGAGGAAGGAGAAAAGGAUGCCUCAACAAAUCACAGGUCAUGUUUCACUCUGACUCUGAGGAGGAAGUCCUUUUAAAAGUCCUCUGACUUCCUACUAAAAGGUUUACUGAUGAUUAACAGUGUUACAUAUUGCAGCAUUUAAAAGGGAGCAAACGGGGCAGAAUGUAGAGACUCCUUGAAUCUUGUGGACGACGGGUUAAAGGCGCCUUUAAAUGUUUCACAGCAGAAAACUGCUUGUAUUUGAGCUCUGAUGAAAACAAGAAGAGCGACACACGUGCAGAGACCUGCAAAAACAAAUGACAGUCAGACUUUAGUAUCCAUCUAUAAAUCGAUAUUGGUAAGUGGGGCGGGGCUUUCUGCUCAUGGUGAGCACUCAGAGGCUCCAGGCCUCAUUCACCCAGCCACACACACAUGCAGUGCUUUUAUUUAACACUCAGCCAUCCCAUAAUACUCUGCUUAUCCGCUCACUCUUGUUGUGUUCGGCUGUUGUGGCGUCGAUCCGACUGUCUGUAAAUAACAGUAAUGUGGCGCACUGAGCUGCAGUAAAUGACUAGAAUAGGUCUUUAGGUCAUUUUAAAUAUAUUUAUAUUCUUAAAUGUUUUGUUUGUCAUGUUUUAUUUCACAUGGAGCCUUUCGGGUUCCUCACACUGAGGAAUUCAGCGUCAGACGCCAUCACACCUGCUAAUAUAAACGCCUGUUUCUCUUAUUCCUGCAUAUAAAUCAGUCACCUUCACCAUAUUAUCAAACUGUCCGGUGUGGGUGAAGCUCACAGGGCUGAGCAGGUGGAUCAUAUGGCUUAAGGCUGUUGCAGAGGCCUGGGCUUUAAUCCGUCCAGAGGCCUUUCACGGUUCCCCGUCCUUUCUCUGUUGUUGCAACACAAUAAAAACAAAAAAAACCCCAAAAAUAUACUUAAAAAAACCCCUUUUUUGGUUGCAGGGUUAAAAAUAUAAGCACCACGUUAUCUGAAGGUUCUGUUAAUUGAUGGCUGAACUUGACAGUUGAGCUGGAUCCAUGAUCAGUGUCUCAAGUCAAUUAAAAAAUAUUAAAACAA